AUUCCACAAGCUCUUCCUGAAUUAAAACCCUUUCGCUGUCCACACGACCUGCUGCUGUUCGACGAUAUCGUCUUGAUUUCUGUUCGCUUCUCUUGCCUGUUGUUUCUGAACCUCAAUUCCCGAGAUUUUUCUCGAGAGAAAAGGGUUCUGUCCGAAUCUCAACUCUUUGUGCCUGGGAAGAGGAAUGGGGGGUUCGUCUUCGGAGACCAAGUUCUUGCAAGAGUUGAUACUUUACGCGGCGAGCGCGGCGCUAAGCUGCUUGGUUCUGUUCGCGGGUCUCCGACAUCUCGACCCGAACCGUGAGGCGGCUAAAAAGGCGCUCGAGCACAAGAAGGAAAUCGCCAAGCGUCUGGGUCGUCCUCUUAUCCAGACCAAUCCCUACGAGGAUGUAAUAGCAUGUGACGUGAUAAAUCCGGACGACAUUGAUGUAGAGUUUGGUUCUAUUGGAGGCUUGGAAACCAUCAAACAGGCUCUGUAUGAGCUUGUGAUUCUGCCUCUGAAGAGACCUGAGCUGUUUUCUCAUGGAAAGCUUCUUGGCCCUCAAAAGGGUGUCUUGCUGUACGGGCCUCCUGGAACUGGAAAGACAAUGCUUGCUAAAGCCAUUGCAAAAGAAUCAGGAGCUGUUUUCAUCAAUGUGAGGAUUUCUAACCUGAUGAGCAAGUGGUUUGGAGAUGCUCAGAAGCUUGUUACUGCUGUGUUUAGCUUGGCCUCCAAACUCCAACCCGCUAUUAUAUUUAUCGACGAGGUUGACAGCUUUCUUGGUCAGCGUCGGUCAACAGAUCAUGAAGCAAUGGCAAACAUGAAGACCGAGUUUAUGGCAUUGUGGGAUGGAUUUACCACAGACCAGAAUGCAAGGGUGAUGGUUCUUGCUGCAACUAACAGACCGUCAGAGCUUGAUGAAGCAAUACUGAGGCGUCUUCCUCAAGCCUUUGAAAUCGGGUUUCCUGACCGCCGUGAGAGAGCUGAAAUUCUGAAAGUGACUCUGAAAGGAGAGAGGGUCGAACCCAAUAUCGACUAUGAUUACGUAGCCAGGUUAUGUGAAGGCUAUACGGGAUCAGAUAUUUUCGAACUCUGCAAGAAAGCAGCCUACUUCCCCAUCAGAGAACUCCUAAGAGAGGAGAAAAACGGGAAACAUUGUUCGGUUCCUCGGCCGUUGUUACAGUCGGACUUGGAAAAGGUUCUUGCUACGUCAAAGAAGACACAGGUUGCUGCAGGAGAGUACUCUGGGCUGAGCUCGCAAGCCUCUGAAUGGAGAAGCCAAAGGGAUCCAGACGAAGUGCAAGCCGCCAUAAGUGGUCUCUCCAAGCUUAUAGUGUCUCAGUUCAUUAACCUUCAGUCAGAUUCUCAGGACUCGUGGAGGGAAUCCGAGGAAUCCCCCAGAUGAAUUUUGUUUCCCUGAACACGAAAGGAUGAAUCUUUUGAACGGGCGGAGGCAUUUCCUUGAUGCCCACGCUAUCAAAUAAAUCAAGUGAUGUAAUCUUUUUGAUACUGAAUCUCCUGUUCAGUUGAGCAGUGUUCUAGAUUCAGCUUCUUACAACUUUUUUUUUCUUCCAAUCUUUGUCGUCUUCGACACCUUUGGGUAGAUGGGUCAUCGAUCUUUUUAAUCAAUUUAUCUAUUUUCACGA